AAACAGGAAGAGUUACAUACACAGUAUACUACUUCCUCUUCUUCUCUUCGCCAGCUGUUUGUUUCCAUUUAGGAUUUUUAUUUUUAAAGCUCUUCUUUUCUCUUAUGUCUUCACCUCCUCCUUAUACAAGCUCAUCAUAAUUCUCCCAAUCCCUCCCAAAACCCUAAGAUCCGUACCCAUAACUACACCGCAUUGGCUGAUCCAUCUCUCGAUCCGGUGCUUCCAGUGCUCGCAUUCAGCUGCGGUCUGAUCUGCCGCCUUCAGCUGGGAGAGGUAGAGUUUAAUUUAACGGUGCAAUGACGGCGGAUUUGAAUGUCACUGUGAACGUUUCAAACAGUGAAACGGAGGACAAGUGUGGGUUGGAUAUGAGUAGCUAUGAGGAGCUGCCGACACCUGCUGCAGAUUGCAAUGGAGUUAAGGACGGUAAUGAGAGUGGCAUGGGGGAUAGGGAAGAUGAUCCCGAUGCCUCCUAUGUUUUCGUAGUUGGAAACAACACUGUUCCUGUUGAACCUGCCGACUCCGCCGAUCUCAAUGGCAAGUCUGAACCCGUUCACAAUGUCGGUUCUUGUGAUAACGACAUUGAGAAUGAGGUCGCAGAAUCUGAGGUCGAUCAUGGGAUUGAGGCUGUCAAAGUUGCUGCAAUAGAGGGGGACUCAAGUUCUCCCUUUAAUAAUGGCGUCAUCUCUAAAGAUGGGAAAGUAGAGAAUGGUGCUAUUGAAGUUUCAACGGGAACGUCGCCUAUUGUUGGACUUGAGGCCCUGGAUGAUCAAAGCGAAGGUGAAGAGGGGCAUGUUGAACUGGAUUCAACUGGAGGUCUGAAAGGGACUGGGGACCUUUCAGAGGCUGUUGAACCUGAACCUGAACCUGAAUUGAUGCAGGUUAAAUUUGGUGAUGUGAAGGCUGGGGAGGAAAACAGUUCAAUUGUAUCUCCGGAAUCUCAAUUCACAACUUAUACAGAUGUUGCUGAAUCAGAGACAAAUCACUCUGGUAAUGUUGAUUUCGCAAUGAGUGCAGAUGUUGCUGAAUCAGAGCUGAAAAACGCCAGUGUGCUUGAGGUCAAAAGCAGUGAACUACAGCCAGAUGAGUCUGGUAACUUUGAGGUCACAAGCAGUGUAGAUGUUGCUGAAUUGGAGCGGAAUCAGUUUCAUAGUGUUGAGGUCUCAUGCAGUAUAGAUGUCUCUGAAUCAGAGCCAAAUCAGUAUAGCAAUGAUGAAGUCAAGAUUGAAGGUGUAAGAGAAAUGAAUUUGGGUGUAGAUGUAAAAGGAAACCAAGAUUCUCAGAGUGCAAUCACCGAAGGGUUUAUUGAUGGUGAUUUGGACAAUCAGGGGCAGGAACCUGUGGGAUUUUCCAACAACCCUCCACUGGAAGGUCCCCAAAGGGAAUCUGAGGUGGUGUUGGAGCAGAAUACAGAGAAAAUUCCUUGCCUAGCAGUAGCUGAUAUAAAAUUGGAAGAAACGGAAGUUAUUGAUACCUCUGCAUGUAAUGCAUAUGAAAAUGGGUUGUCUGCUGGUCAUAUUGAAGAUACUGUUGCAGAAAGAAUUGUUGUUAAUGGCUUUGUUAGUGCCAGUCAAAACACAUCUGAGCAAAACAACUCUUCUAGGGAGGGUGAGAACUUGAUUUCUUGUAAGGCCAAAAUUGGUACAAAUGAAACCCCCUCUUCUAUUGGUACUGAAACUGGCAAGAGUUCUCCAUCUGCAAGUGAUAAUGAUACAAUCGGGCAUCCAACUGAUGAAAUUAACAAGCCUGUUGUACAGUUAACAUGUGAGGAUAUUCAUGGGCAUAUUACACAUGAGAAAGGAGAACUUUUGCCUACUGAUCAUCAAGAAAGUGUUUCACAGACCAUUGCUAAUGGCUUUGCUCAUGCCAAUCCAACCACAUCUGAAGUUGUCAGAAUGGUUGUUCAUCAGAAUGUGGCUAUUGAAAGUUUUGGAAGCAUUCCAGUUGCUCUUGCUAGUGAUACAGUAUUGGAACCAGUGGUUGAAGCUGGUGAUUCUUGUCAUGUGGCUGUGGAUGUUACAGACAUAAAUGAUGAUACAAGAACAGAGACUUUGGUGGAAAUGUUGGAUGUGAAUAGUGGAGAAAAUGUUGGUUCUCAUUCUGUUGGUGACAGAGAAAUUGUGAUUGAGCCAGAUCACAGCCAGAUUGUAACUGAAACAAUGCCAAGUUGGCCAGAAAAUGAUGCGGAACCAGAAAUUAAGGCUGAUUCCACAGCCAUUGAAUCUGGAGAAGUAUCUACUCCACCAAAUGAUGAGGUGGACAAAGAAUCUGAGUUUUCAACAGGGGCUGCUAAAUGCUCUGGCAGCAAUGCUGUUUCAGUUGGUGAACCAGAUAGAGAGGCCUGCGUACAUGUUUCAGUUGAGAAUCCAGUUAGUGUGCAAGCAGGGCCAGAAGUUGAACAUUCACCAAUGGCUUCCAAGGAAGUUAUAUCCAAUCACGAGAGAUGUGCAUCUGAAUGUGAGGGUCAGAACGGCUCUGUUAUUACUGGUGAAAGAACCAUCAAUUGCAUUCAAGAUGAUGAAAAUGAAGGAGACCAGCUAGUUACCAUUGAUGGCGAAGAAAAAGCACCUCAAGAAAUGGAGGUCACUGAUAAGGUUACCAGGGAAGAACUCUCAUCAUCUUCUCCAGAAGGCUCCUCAGUUGAUGCUUCCGAGGGGCAAAAUGCAGCAGUUGAGGUGGGGAAAAAGCCAUUCUACUACAUGAUCAGAAUUCCUAGAUAUGAAGAUGAUGAAAAUUUAAGAGAACAGAUUAAACAUGCUCAGUUUCAAGUUGAUGAGACUACUAAAAGUCGGGAUGUUGUCCGAGCUGAAAUGCAGAGGAAAAGGGCUAUUUGUAAUGAGUAUGGUGCUCGUGUUGAUGCUGCCAUAUCUGAAGAGGUAGCAGUGCGCAACUUGCUUAAGUCUAAACGCAAGGAAAUAGACUCUGCUUUGUCUCUGAUUAACAAAGUGAAGAGUGCCUUUUCUGUUGGGGAUAUUGAUAGCAAGAUACGCAAUAUGGAACACAUGAUACAGCAUGAAACCCUACCCUUGAAGGAAGAAAAGAGUUAUAUCCGUGAAAUCAAGCAGUUGAAGCAAACUCGUGAACAGCUUUCUUCUAGUUUGGGUAGCCAGGAGGACAUUCAGGAGGCUAUAGAUCAAAAAGACCAAGUUGAAGAACGCUUGAAGCUUUUGAGGAAAGAAGCAGAUCAAUUGAGAGAAAAUGUUCUCAAAGCUGAAGCAGCCAUUAGAAAUGCUAAGAAGACAUGUCAAGAAGAAAAUGCUAAGCUAAAUGAAGUUGUAGCUCGGUUUAGAGCUGCAGAUGACGUCCGACAGGAAGCAUAUGCGCAUCUACAGAGUUUGAGGAAGAGAUUAUAUGAUAAGAACAAACACUUCUGGCAGUACAGGGAUGAUUCAAAGUUGGCUUAUGAUUUAGCAUCCCAGGGCAAUAAAGAAGAACUCCAACGUCAUUGUGUUAACCAGGUGGAGAGGGUUAUGGAUUUAUGGAACAAUAAUGAUGAGUUCCAGAAAGAAUACAUUAGGUGCAACAUGAAGAGUACAGUGAGGAGAUUGCAGACUCUAGAUGGCCGUUCACUAGGCCCUGAUGAGGUGCCGCCUGCAAUCCCCGUUGUUGUUAGUGAAAGAAUAGCCAAGGACAACAUCAAACCUCCUCUUACCGCUCUUGAAAGCAAAAAAACAAUUGCGCCUACGGGGACAGAAAAGACGGAUGAUAAAUCCACAGCAAAUGUUGGGAACAAAAAUAACCUAACAGCUAAACCUAAAAAAAUUACACAACAUGCUCCGUUGGGAAAUGGCUUUGCAACUAUUUCUGGCAGGAAUGAGAUUGAGGAGGCAUGGCAAAAGGAGGAGAAGCAAACAAAGGAGGAUAAGCAGACAAAGGAGGAAGAAGAGUUAGCCAGGAAAGCUGAGGAAUUGAGAAAACAAGAGGAAGCAGCCAUAUUGAAGGAACAUCAGCGGUUGGAGGAGAAGGCCAAAGCUAAAGAGGCAAUGGAAAGAAAGAAACGAAAUGCUGCUAAGGCCCAAGCCAGGGCUGCACUAAGAGCACAGAAGGAAGCUGAGGAGAAAGAGAAGGAGAGGGAGAAAAGGGCAAGAAAGAAGGAGAAAAAGAAGGCUGUAGCAGAAGAUACGAAUACUGUCAAUGAGGGAGAAUCAUCUCCGGGGAUUGAACCUCCAAUCGAGACCAAGGAGUCUGAAACAAGAGAGAAGCCAAUGACAGUAACAAAGAGGGCUCACAAGCCAUUGCAUUUCACAAAGCAGACCAAGUCAAAAUCUAUGCCUCCACCACUACGCAACCGUGGCAAGAGAAGGAUGGAGACAUGGAUGUGGUUUCUCCUUGCUGCUCUUGCUGUUUUUGGCUUAUUUUUAAUGGGGAAUGGCACCAUUUCUUUGAAAGGGCUUGGUUUCUAAAGGUAUGCGCUUAUCAUAAUAACUAGGAAAUUUACAGAGUAUGGCGGGACAUUCGUAUUCACAUAGAUAUUUAGGCAAUAUUCUUUCUUUUUUCUUCACAGUGCUUGAUUGUUGAUUUCCUUUAGUUUGCAUUUAAUUUAACUGUAAGUGGCUUUUAUUUUUUUAUUUGUUUUUAAUUAUACUCACGCCCGUAUUGCUUUCAGAGUUAGUAUGAUAUUCAUAAAUGCAAUAAGUAAAAUGUUUUUGCUCUC